AUGACACAACAGCGCCUCACACCAGCACCACACAACAGCGCCUCACACCAGCACCACACACCAGCGCCUCACACCAGCGCCACACACCAGGGCCUCACACCAGCGCCUCACACCAGCCACACACACCAGCCACACACACCAGCCACACACACCAGCGUGACACAACAGCGCCUCACACCAACGCCUCACACCAGCGCCACACACCAGCGCCACACACCAGCGCCUCACACUAGCGCCACACACCAGCGCCACACACAAGAAAAUUUAGAAGGCCAGAAACAUGAAGAGUUAUCACGACAGACUACUAAACUAGCUGAAGAAGCACAGGUUAAACUGGCUGCCCAGGCUGAGGAAAGGGCCCAGAAUAUCACACCAGCUGAUCAGACACCUGGUGGGAGAACAUCAACAGCCAAGGGAGAUAAUGCUGACACAACACUAGAAGUGACAGCUCAUCCUGAAGUCAUGGAAACUAAAAGUCCGUCCAGAGGCAGUGAUAGGAAGGGUGAGCAGUCAGACGGGGAGACCGUUGACCCUGGGGAUAAUGCAGAACGACCCAUGAGCAUGUCAAAGGAAGGAGAGCCAGAACUCACCAAACUUCUUCAGCAAACUGACGAUGCUAAGGUACAGGAGUUGAAGCGGUCAUCCACCACCUUAUCUGCGGCACCCACCCUAGAGACCCCUGUAAAGGACACUGGUCCGAGAUCACAGUCUGCUCAGACCCAGACCUCCCAUACGACUACCCAGUUAGGAACUUUACCCCAUGUUGAUGCACCCGGGGCAGACGUCAUGUCUCACAAAUCUUCCCAAAAUGUCGCCUUUUCUGACAGCCCUGGGUAUAAGGAGACGGUUGAUGUAUUCACCCAGUGGAAUGAGCGCGAUGCUCUGGGUGGCAUCUCACCAGAAAGCUUGGAGCCGACUUCAAAUGAAAAUCUCAAUUUAUCCACUGCUUCAAAUGAUGAAAUUCGUGAAAUGAUGUCAAAAAGUCGGGCAUCGCUGCGCAGCGAAUACAAAGCAAGACUCACGGAGACAAAGUUAGCAGUGGAGGAUCGCAGAUCUAAGUCCCCAGCCGUCUCCAUCCCGUCCCUUCACUCAUUGGAUGAGGAUCAGCUAAUCGAAGAUGACGAAGACCUGGACACAUUGUUGCCAGAUAAUCGCAAAGACAGCACAGGGUCAUACACAGCCGACAAGGGUACCUCCCCACCCUCAGCCAGGAGAAAUAAACAAUCUGCCUCACCCUCAGUGCGCACACCUCUCACACCCCGCACACCUUAUACCCCUCGCACCCUGCAAACCCCUCAGAUUCCCCAUAGCCCGACUCGGGGAUCUGCUCGGGGGUCUGCUCGGGGGUCUGCUCGGGGGUCUGUUCAGGGAUCUUCCUGGUCACAGCAGAGGAAGCCCUCAGUGGAGAAGGACGUUAACCCCAUCGUGCAGGAAUACCUGGAGAGCUACGGCGGAGUGGUCAGUUUUAAGGAGGACCUCAGCAAGCUGCUGAUGGACAAAGACAUGAUGACAGCCAGCCAGAUGCUGACAGAGCUAGAGAGUGUGGCUUUCCAGCCAGAAGAAGAGGUAGAACCUCAGCUGAGGAAGAUGACCAAAAACCUUCAUUACAUUCUGGAUGAAUUGAUGACACUAUUUGGCACGAUACUUGUUAGUGACAGGGAACCUGUUGUCUCCUCUUUGGUGAAUUAUUCGCGUGAGCCGACUAGGACAAACGUGGUGACACGAGAGCAGACAGAUGAUUCGGGUCACGGAUUCACCCCUGUGAAUGGCCGAAAUCGAUCCGCCGGCUCGCGACAAAGUGACAAGUGCAUGGGCUGUCAGAACGAGACUGUGACAGAGUUGAGGGAGGCGUGCACACUGCUUCAGUGUCAGUUGGAUGUUGAGGCCAGAAAACAUCAAGAACAAAUAAGAAAAAACACACAGAUGAUGAUGGAGAUGCAGAAAACCAUAGAAGAGCUCCAGAAGGAGUUAGCUGCCCUUACUAAGACUGCAGAGGGUAUGAAGGAGCCUCCGCCAAUACCAACCAUCAUGUUCACCAGGAUGGACUCUGAAAGGAAUGCUAAAAUCAUGAAGAAGGCUCUGAAUGAGGAUAGGCUCAACACUGACCAGUACAAGGAGGCUGUCCGUCAGAUGGACCAGUAUGUGAGUCUGCCUGCUCAGAGAUUGGCUCAGCUGGUGCGCAAGUAUGUCCACCACAGAUGCAUGAAGAAGAUUGAAGAUAAUGUCCGUCACAGUAAAAACCUCAAUGAAAAUGUGUUCGAAAUCCUGGACAAAAUGGAGGAUCUGCAGAACAAGAGAGCUAAAGAAUGGACUGACAACAUGGAUGCUCUGGGUGUAGAGAGAUGCCGUCUGGCCAGUCUGCUCAUGGAGACGCUUGAUAAUAUAGAACAAGAGUCAGGAAUUUUCCUGAUAAAACCCAUCUACUCCUUGAAAGGGAGAGGUAAGUCUGUCACUGCCACAGUGUUGAUUUUGAAAGACGCCGUCUGGCCAGUCAUGGAGACGCUUGAUAAUAUAGAACAAGAGUCAGGAAUUUUCCUGAUAAAACCCAUCUACUCCUUGAAAGGGAGACGCCAUCUGGCCAGUCUGCGCAUGGAGACGCUUGAUAAUAUAGAACAAGAGUCAGGAAUUUUCCUGAUAAAACCCAUCUACUCCUUGAAAGGGAGGUAA